AUGGCAGCUGCUUGGAGAGGUGAGUAUAUGACCAGCUCUGCACGUUCUCAAAAAUAUACCGGACUUUGCAAUCAAGGAGCUACCUGCUAUAUGAAUAGUUUACUACAAUCGCUUUAUAUGAGUCCUGAGUUUCGCAAAAAAAUCUAUUCAUGGACUUAUGAUGAGAAAAAGCAUGGUGACAAAAGCUCUUGCAUUCCUUUUCAAUUGCAAGUUUUAUUUGGAAAACUUCAAAUUUCCGGAGCGCCUUAUAUUGAUACUAAAAUAUAUACAUAAAAUGGCGUAUGGCGACCGACCCACCCUCCCAGUGGUGGUUACCCAUGUAUAUCCGGGCAUGGUUUUUGGAGCCAGGAAUUCGCCCAACAACGUCCGGGACCUCGAAGCGAGAGGCCUAAGCGCGAGAACCGCUGUUUUUGCGACCAGACCCAUGGGCAGUUAUUCGUGACUUCUUUUUGCCAGCAGCAGCGCUCAGCCAGUGAGUGCCCGAAAUGAGGCAGGGUGAAUUACCUGCCUAAGCUGCUUUAGUGGCUCGCCCCGAAUGGCGAAAGCUGUUGAGUUCUUUCUCGGGAUGACCGGAAAAGAGGGGAGGCGAGUUAGACAUCGAGACGGGGGUCUCUCCAGUUUAAAAGGUGCCCUUCAAUGGGCAGAUCUGGCGGACGACGAAGCGGAGUUGGCGUAAACUUUAGGCGACGAUCCAAGUUGGAAAUGGAGGUGGUCAGCAAAGCCGGUAUAAUACGGCCCUUGACAAUACCUCUACCGAGAAACCGGGGGUUCGGCCCCGGGCUUGGUGAACGCUCUGCCACCACACGGGGAAACCGUGGCAUGCGACCUCGGACGUAGUAGGGACUUUAAAUACCCAGCGUAAUCUUAAUCUUAAUCUUAAUAUUGAUACUAAAGCUUUGACUAAAAGCUUUGGAUGGGAUUUAAGAGAAGGUUUCCAGCAGCACGAUGUGCAAGAGUUUUGUAGAGUCCUAUUCGAUGCUGUCGAAGAGAGUAUCAAAGGAACACCUGACUCCCCCCCCUCCGUGAGUGAACAAAAAAAUUUUGUUCACUCACGGAGGGGGGUUAAUUUUUUUUUUUAAGAAAAUUUAUAUUUAAAUUUUCGAAAAUAUUUUUUUUCGAAAUUAAAAAAAUCCGAAUUCGCAAAAAUUGGAAAGAAUACUAAUUUAAUUUAUGAAAUUUAUGUUUUAAAAAGCAAUUCGUUUAAAAUUAAACAGAAUUAGCUCUCGAUUUCAUUAUACUAAUUAUCACUUAUAUAUCAAAUUUUUUUUCCAUAAAAAAUUUUUCUAUUAAAAAAAUUUUUGUUCACUCACGGAGGGUGGGUUUUUUGGCAAAAAAUGCCGAUUUUUCUAAUGGUUUUGUUCACUCACGGAGGGGGGGAGUGAGGAAAAUCUUAUUAACACGCUUUAUGAAGGAAUUCUUACUGACUACGUCAAAUGUUUGAAUUGUAAAAACCUUUCAAAAAGGCACGACACAUUUUUGGAUUUAUCAUUGACUGUGAGAAAUGAGUUCGAUAAAAUUUAUAAUGAUUCUGUUGAAACUGCAUUAAGAAAUUAUACAAAACCUGACAACUUAACAGGUGAUAAUAAAUAUUUCUGCUCUCACUGCAAUUCAAAGCAAGAUGCGUUAAAAGGCCUCUCGAUUGAAAGAUUCCCUUACAUUCUUGUCCUUCAGCUGAAACGUUUCGAUUUAGACUACAACACCAUGCAAAGAAUCAAACUUAACGACAAAGUAACCUUUCCUCAAAUUUUAAACGCAAACCCUUAUAUUGGAGAAUGGAAACCCUCAGUCCCUCAAACUGCACCAGAAGAAGAAAAAGACGACGAAGAAGUCAAAGAAAAGGACCAAAUUUCCUUUUUUAAGCCUCCAGAAAACAUUGAUAACCUUGAGCUUAAACAAAUGAAAAAUUCUAAUUUGGAGUAUUUAAAAGACGACCGUGACAAAAAACCUUUGCAGAUGGAUCAAAUGGUAAAAGAUAGAAUUAUUAACCACCAGACAGAAGAAAGAAAAAGAGUCCAAAGGGAAGAAAUUGAAAAAUAUUAUAUUGAAGGAGAAUAUGUUUAUGAAUUAUUUUCCAUUAUGAUUCAUUCAGGGUCAGCGAUGGGAGGCCAUUAUUAUGCUUAUAUAAAAUCCUUUGAAGACUCAAAGUGGCACAAUUUCAAUGAUAGCACAGUUACAGAAAUUGAAGAAAAGGAUAUCAGAAAAGUAUUUGGCGGCGAAACCAGCACAAAGUCAUGGAGCUCUAAUUACUCUGCAAAUGCUUAUUUACUUAUGUAUAGAAAAGUUUCCCCAGAAAACAUCAUAAAAAUUGAAGAUUAUGAAGUCCCUUCAUAUAUAAGAGAUGAGCUUGUUAAUCUUAAAAAUAAAGAAACUGUUGAAGCAGCCCAAAAGGAAGAAAAAUAUAAGACGUGGACUAUAAAAGUUUAUCACAAGAAAAAAGAAAUCACGUUACAAAUCAAAAAAGACAGCCCAUUUGGGGCAAUAAAAGAAGAAACUAUAAAGCAGUUUGGGAUCAAUGAUGUUUUGCCUGAAAAUAUGAGGAUUCGUGGAUAUUCUAUGUACUAUGACAUUUACCAAGAAGUUUAUGACGAAACAAAAACAAUUGAACAACAGCAGAUUUGGAACUAUAAAGUCAUGGCAGUAGAAACAAAAAACCCUAAUGAUGAGUGGCUUCAAUAUGACCCUAACAAAAUCACAGUAAGAGUAAGCUUAUGAACUCCAGAAAUGGCUGACGAAACCAAGUCUCUUGACGAAAAAACUUCAAAUCCUAACAAAAUCCUGGUCGAUAAAAAAGAAACAGUCAGCUACUUAUUAAGCCUUUUAGAAGAAAAAUUUGGCAUCCCUGUCCAAAAUCAAUGCAUUGUCAAAAAAAGCUAUAUGGGCAUGACAACUAAGCCAGAAUUCGUAAACUCUCCUCAAAAUAUCAAUAAUUCUUUAUCAUAUGCCAAAAUUUAUGAAGGAAGCGCUAUAUAUUUAGAAAACUGUGACAGCAUUGCCCACUCUAAAUGGGCUGAGCAAAUUGAAUUAGAGUCUAAAAGAUAUACAAUAAAAUUCAACCAUCCAGACGAUCAGCCAAACGCAAUAAAUCAGAUGGAUUAUUCUUAUUCUGUAGUAAUCGAUUGCAAUUCAACAAUGCUGCAUCUUAAAGAUUCUAUAGGAGAAAAAUUAAAACUGCCUGUAGAUGGGUUUGUUAUGAAGAGAGGUGGCAAGCAUUGCCAAGAAAUAAAAGAUUUAUCAUUAAAAAUCAUCCAAGCAAAUUUAGUCAAUAAUUCUGUCAUUUAUAUAGAAAGAGGAAAGCCUACCAAAGCUAAUGAAUAUAGGGUUAUUUUUUCGAUUGCGACUCCUGCUAAAGAAAAUGAUGGGGAUGCAACACUUAAUAGGUUCAUUGAUGUUUUUGAUAUCCCACUAGAUGCUGGGACUAAUGUUUUUGAUUUAAAGCAGCAGCUUUGUAAGAAGUUUAAUGAUAUGUAUCCAUCUAUGGAACUUGAGGCUAAAAGAAUUAGGCUGAGAGAAAAAAAUACUGAUAGAUUGUUAAGGGUUUUCAGAAAUAAUGAUCCGCUGAGGAGUUAUGCGAUGUACGAGAAAAAGAAUGUAGCUAUACAAAUCUUGGAACAGGAUGAAGAAGAGGUUGGGCAAAAUCAGAUUAUUGUGGUGGUAAAAAGGUGAUUCCCUUCAACUUGGGAAUUAUCUGCAGCUAAAGAGCUUGUUGUCAAGAAAAACUCAACUUUGGAAGAAUUUGGACAAGUUAUAGCUGACACUUAUGAUAUCCCAGUAAUUUUUAUUUAUACUGAAUUUUGCUGUAUUAUGAUUAUAUUGGCAAUCCCUACUACCUAUUUUCUAUUAUAAAUGGUCUAAAAGCUAUGGCUAAUUCCUAAAAAUUAGUUUAGAACAACAACAUAGUACGAAAAUUUAGAAAUUUCAAAAAAUAACUCCACUUGGAAUUUUUUCAGAACAGACCUCAAAAAAGAAACCUUUUACAAGACCAAAAACAUGCUUGGGUCAUUAACCCAAAGUCCAUGGUAUUUAACUCUUGACGGCAGCUUAUUUUUGUAAUUCUUAUUCAGCAUCAAAGACUCCACUGAGCAGAUAAGAGAUCUGACUCCAGAAGAAAAAAAGAAAUAUGAAAAAACGAGCUAUGGGUCAAGCAGCGGCUAUGGAAGCGGACAAACUUGGGUUUAUAAGCCACCAAAAGAAGAAUCAGUCAAAAUUAAAGUGAAAAAACAAACCGUAGAAGAUGGAAAAGAGCCAGAUCACGAUGAAAUCGAAGAGAAAAACAAAGAAGAUGCUGAAGAAGCUAUGGAUAUGGAAGCAUUAAUCUAA